UCCAGGUACGUGCUCUCGCUGGCAUCGGCGUUCGGCCCGCGGGACGUGGUUGCGAGGUAGAGAGGUUAUAUUCUGACUGGUGCGUGGGCAGCGUCGCGGACGGGCCGCUGCCCGCUGGUUCGCGAAGUGCGCGAGUGCGCGGGCCGCGGAGAGUGCGCGACGAGGAUGCGGCAUGACUUGAGUAGAGCGAGUCAGUGAACGGUCAGGCAGGUAGGCAGGCAGGCAGGCAGGCAGGCAGGCAGGCAGGCAGGCAGGCAGGCAGGCAGGGAGGCAGGUGGCAGCGAGGGCCGAGCUGGCAGAAUGAGACAAGUGCGACCGGGCGGAGAUGCUGCCUCGUGCUCCGGCUGCCAGUAAUGCCGUGGAAGAAGCUGCAGCUGGCGCAGUCGUGCUGAGCCGUGAUGGUGCAGGCAGCUUGGUGGAGGCCCUGGUGUUGGCUGGUGCUGCUGGCCACGGGGCCGGUGCUCGGCGAGCUCAGCUCUCGGAUCGUGCGCACCCAGUACGGCGAGCUCUCGGGGGUGAUCGUCUCGCUGGGCCGUAGCCUCGAGAGCGUGGAGGUGUUCCGCGGGGUGCCCUAUGCGUCUCCGCCUAUCGGCAGCCUCAGGUUCAUGCCGCCCGUCAGCUCGGCGCGCUGGCACGGGGUCAGGGUGGCCGACAAAUUUGGCCCCGUCUGCCCGCAGAGGCUGCCAGUGCUCACCGACAAGAUGCCCAAGGGCCGCUCCGACUACCUCAAACGGCUGCUGCCUUAUCUCAAGAAUCAGAGCGAGGACUGCCUCUACCUCAAUAUCUACGCCCCCGUCCAAGCUGGUGCGAGAAGCAGUAGCGGCAAGAGUUACCCGGUUAUCGUCUUCCUGCACGGCGAGAGCUACGAGUGGAACAGUGGAAAUCCGUACGACGGCAGCGUCCUUGCCAGCUACGGUGGUCUCGUCGUCGUUACCGUCAACUACAGGCUUGGCAUUUUGGGUUUCCUGAACGUCAACACGGACGCGCACUUACGCUCUCCGGCAAAUUACGGCCUGAUGGACCAAAUCGCCGCGUUGCAUUGGGUCCAAGAGAACAUCGCCUUCUUCGGUGGCGACCCCAAGAACGUGACCCUCGUGGGCCACGGCACUGGCGCCGCCUGUGUCAACUUUCUCAUGACCAGUCGCGCUGUGCCCGAUGGUCUGCUGUUCCAUCGCGGUGUGCUGAUGUCGGGUAGCGCGCUCUCGCCCUGGGCCUUGAUAAGGGGCGCCGCCAAUUACGCGACUCAAGUCGCCAAGAAUCUCAAUUGUUCGAUGGCAGGCGACUUGCUUAGCUGCCUAAGGGAGGUGCCGCUUAACGCGCUGCUGGCGGUGCCGGUACACGGCCUUGAGUUUGCUCCUGCGUUUGGACCCAGCAUCGACGGCGUUGUCAUCGAUCCCGGAGAACCUGACGAUCAAGACUACACCCUCCAGGUCGACACUAUCAACACGCUCAACAACAUACUGCUCAGGAAAGACGUUGUUGCUAAACUAUCGAGGUACGACCUGAUGGUGGGCGUAGUGCGCUCAGAGGCGUACUUCUCGCUAACCGCGGACGACGCGCAGUACGGCAUCGAGGCGGACCGACGAAUGAAGAUCCUGCGGGAGUUCGUACGCAACACUUACACCUACCACCAGCCGGAGAUCCUCGCCACCAUUAUCAACGAGUACACGGACUGGGAGAAGCCCGUGCAGCAUCCCGUCAACAUCAGGGACGAGACGCUGGAGGCAUUGGGUGACGCGAACACCGUCGCGCCGGCGACCCGCACGGCUGACCUCCACAGCCAGUCUCACCGCAACUCCUACCUCUACGUCUUCGACUACCAGACUAAAUUCGGCGACUAUCCGCAGCGUCAGGGAUGCAUACACGGCGAGGAGUUACCGUACUUUUUUGGAGCACCACUGAUCGCGGGCCUCGCUCACUGGCCCAAGAACUACACGAGGACGGAAAUUGGCCUGUCCGAGAGCGUCAUACUCUAUCUGGCCAAUUUCGCGAGGACCGGAAAUCCAAACGAGGGAACGCCAGAGCCCGGCAGCACCAGGCCCGAAAGGACCAAAAUUAAAAAUCUUGAGUGGACGGCUUACGAAGCUGUGCACAAGAAAUAUCUCUUCAUCGACACCAAGUCGAAGCUAAAAAACCACUACAGGGCGCACAGAUUGUCAUUCUGGCUGAACCUUGUUCCUGAUCUACACAAACCCGGAUCCGACGACGUUCCGAGAUCUCAUCAUCUCUUGGAUGCCGAGCAGGUGCCACCACGGUUCAUCCAGAGGCUACCGGUGACAACGACGAGAGCGACCACGAUAGAAGCGACCACUCAGCGUCCGGUGAACCUGACCACGGCGACGCCGAGCGAGCUCACGUACGAGGAGUCGACGAAGGAGCCGGAGGACGGUUUUGCAGCGUACAGCACGGCGCUAAGCGUGACGAUAGCGAUCGGCUGCAGUCUGCUUAUUCUCAACGUGCUCAUCUUCGCCGGAGUGUACUACCAGCGCGACAAGAACAGUCAGCAUCACUAUCCCAAGAAACGACAGGAGAACGGUCAGAUGCCCAACAACAUCUGUGGCGAACUAGAGGGCAAGGGUACGGAAUCUCAAUCGCAGUCCCACCGCCAUAUCCAGCAUAUGCCACCGCCCGUGUUCGCCGAUCCACCGUCGGGAGGUCACGUGCCAAUGCCACCACCUCCGCCGAAGAAUGCCAAACCCAGUGGCAAGCAGCAUCAGAGUCAGAAUCUCAUAAUCAGCCCGAAUCACCUCCAAGUGGAGAUGGGUGUUGGCUCGAGUAGCACAUUGAAGAAACACCAUCAGCAUCAUCAACAGCAGCAGCAGCAGCAACAGAUGGCGAUGGAAGAGCUGCGAGUUUGAGAGGACGAUCUGCAAGAGCCUGCGUUCUCUUGCGAAUUCAUUUAAUAAAAUGGACGCUCGAGUUUCUGUUUUAGUUUUCCGUAAGUGUACAGAGUGCGACGUUAGAUUGUAAAUAUACAGAACUUUUUUCCAUUGUCGACGAUACUAUAAGGAGGCGUGUAACACGAAGUCACUUUGUAUCGACUUUAAGUUUUAGAGUAUUAUAUAUAUAAAUAUCAGGACGUUCCUCGUUAUCUAUCAAAAGAUUCGAGUUCCAGUUUUUUAUAUUUUUUUAAUUUUUCCCCUCUCUGCGCAUUUUGAAAGAUGCGAGGUCGAUGUCCGUAACUUUUGCGAAUUACCUACAUUUCGCGCUUCUGUUUUUCAAUUUUUCAAAAGUCGUUUGCGAGUGGUCGCCAAGCGCGACACUGAUGCGCAGCGCUUGCCGAUGACUUGCGCCUCCUAACCUUUUCGUUUGUAGAUACAAUAGAUUUUCUAACGUGUUUUUGCGUCGCGACAAAGGGGGUUUAAUUGUAAGGUGGAUGCGACUCAGAUGUUGUUCUAUGAAAAAACUAUUAUAGAGAUCCGCGAUUCGUUGAUUGACUCGUCGAUCGCGGAUACGAAUGAAAAAUGACCAUUGGGAGUAUAAAAGGAAUUUAAAAAAAAGUAUAUAAUGCACAAUUGUAUCGUUAACUAAGCGAGAUUGAAUGAAAAAAUAAAUAAAUAAGCUGUGGUUUGUACAUUUGUUUUUCGGAAUGAAAAAGAAAAAACGCAAUUGUGGCGUUGACAUCUUUUUAAAGCUCUAUAGCAAAACAUGCACGCGGGACACACGUAUAUUGUAAUCGGAAUCUCAUUGUAAUUUUCAUGUAAAAUAUAGCGAGAGCUAUAAAUAUCAUUGUGUAUAUUAUUAAAAAAUCGCUUUUUCUCAUACAAUUUUUCACGCGGGCAAACACGGAACCUGCUUCACGGCGAAACCGAAAAAUCGUCAACGUCAACUACGCACUGGAAAAUAUCCAUUCUUAUUUAAUUGGAUUCAGUUCGAUAUACGCGAAAAUAAAUAAAUUAAUGAAUAAACUAAAGAAGUGUCCCCAAUGACCUACCAAUUCGUUUUUGUACGCGUAAUAGUGAAAUAUAAAGAAGAAGCAGAACACAAGGCAAUCAGCGAGAGAUUAAAUAAAAAAAAACAAACCUCCUAUAUACCAUCGAAAUUUGUUCAAAUGUAUACACACUGCCACGUACGCGUUUGAUAGUAGCACAGGUAUACAGGUAUCUGUAUAUUGGUGCCGCAGGUAUAACAGAUACCUGUAUACCUGCAAGACAAGAGCAAAGUCAAUAGGAAGUCUGCGCCUCGUUUCAUUUGCACAAAGUAUGAGUGAGUUCGAGGACGUUCUUCAACGCAAUUCAGUAAUUGACUGUUCAAUACAAACACCGUGGAAAAACUGACAACUUCUAUCUCUCUCACUGACUAUCUACUUUACUUUCUCUCUUUCUCUCUCUCUCUCUCUCUCUCUCUCUCUCUCUCUCUCUCUCUCUCUCUCUCUCUUUCUCUCCCUCCCUCUCCCGCCCUCUUACUUUUUCUCUAUGGAAACUGCGAUCAUUGAAGCCUUUGUUUCUGUAUAAAGUUACAUCACUCUGCAAAGCAUUUUCUUUCUCUCGAUAAUGAAAUAAAGACUUUAUUGUAUAGGAUUAUGCAGUACGAACGGACAGUUUACAGUGAUAUAUGGGUUCGGUUACUUUCUGUAAAAAGGUCUUAUAUGAUAUAUGGUGUGAACGGCUGUACAAAUUACUUGUCAAUCAUUUCGUUUAGCUCUAAUAAUUGACCACCAUAUAAAAAUCCUAGAAAUGUCUAUUGUAUUUUCUUUCAAAUUUUGCCCACUGUCGUUGUUACGCGUGGUUUUUCUUCAGAUCUAUCAAGUCGUCAUAAAUGAUUAACUGAUCGUAAACUGCCGUUUUUUCAUCAGAAUUUUUUAUAUCUUUUCAGUACUGAAAACACAAGCGUUGUACAAUAAUACAAGUAUACAUAAAAAGUAACAACAGUCGUUUUCAUAAUACUUCAAAUGACAAUAUGUACGCUCGAGAAUAAAAAUACGAAGUUGGAUAAGUCGUUUCUCCACCAAUUGGUCUUGACGAAACGAACACCCCACGCAGAAAAACAGAUAAGAAGUUGAUAUAUCGAGCGCACAUAAAGUAUCAGCCAAUAGAGAGAGGCGACAAUUUUGUGACGCCUCCAAACUCUCUGUAAAGAAAAAUACACACGAGAAAUUGUAACUUUUACCGUAGUAAAGAAAAUAAAUGAUCGCACGAGGUGGUCGUGAGGCGAAAGUUCGAAAAUAAAACAUACACACACACACACACACACACACAAAUUAUACAAAUAAAAAGAAGUAUGCGACGGAAGAUAAAUUUAGCAAGGUCAUCGUAAUAAGCGUAAUUGAAAUUUGUAUAUAAUAAUUGAUAUUACGAAAUAAAGAUAUGUAAGCAAUUACUAUAAAUACCGAUAUUUCUUAAAUGUCUGUAAAGAAAACAUCAUCACACGUUACACGUUUUAAUCUCAUUCUCAUACCCAUACAAGUUUUUUUCAACAAGCAAAAAAAAAAAAGAGUAAUCUUUUUUGCAAAAACGCAUAAACAGUACAAUAUCAUCAAUUUUUUAUAUAUGUUAGUAUACCUUUUAAAUCUUCAAAACGUUGAUCGAUGUAAAUCGAAAUUCAUGACGUUGGUACA